AAUCAAUCUGGGUCUGGGACGCGGAAGUUUAAAAAAAAAAAAAUAAUAAUGAUUCAAAGAUAAGAGAAGCGCCCCGGGAUUUGCAGAACCACCGGCGGCGAGUCUGAAUCUCCGAUACCGAUAAAUCUACCCUAAUUUCUAGGGUUUGCUCUUCUUCUUCGUUUCGCGACGCAAAUUUCUUCACUCUGGAUGGAAGGGUGAAACCCUAGAGAUCUAGAGUCUUGAGGAUCAAAAAUAAGAUGUUCAUGGAGGAGGCGACAACAAGUAAUGGUGAAUUUAUAGAGAAGAAGAAUCAGCGAAAUUGUUUGGUGGAAAGUGAAGCGUUAAAUAAUUGGAGUGCAGGAGGAGGUGGUGAUAUGGCUAAUUCUGCCAAUGCAAGUUCCAGGGAUAGCAAGAAGAUACAAACUUAUAAGCGGAGAAAACUUGGGAGGUCUGAUUCUGGGAAUAAAUGUUCUGAAAACGAUAUGGAAGGUGUUGUUAGUCACUCAGGAAGCCGGGAGUCUAUCUCUUGUGAAUUAUAUAAUCAAAGGUUCAGCACUGGAACUCAUCUUGCUGGUGAACUCCCAAAGCUUUCCAAUCCAAAUAAACCAUCAAGUGAAUCCAAGUAUGAGACUGCGACAGCCGGUUGCCAGAACGUUCUGUCUCAUGUUUUAGCUUCAAAGGAGUUUGCAUCCCUAAGUAAGUUGCUUUCCGAAAAUCUUCAAGGGGUCAAGAUUGAAGACCUUAUAAGCAGAACUCUGAUAGACACCAGGAUGAAAGAAGGUGUUUAUGAAAGUUCACCUGUGCUCUUUUCGACGGAUCUCCAAGAGGUCUGGCAAAAAAUACAGGAUGUUGGUAAUGAUAUGGCUGUUCUUGCUAAUAGUCUUUUGGAGAUUUCAAGAACCUCCUAUAACGAACAGUUGAAGCAGUUCUACACUGCGGAAUCGAAGCCUCAUCCCAAUGCAGAGAACAUCAGAAAUGACAGCCUUUACGACAUUUGCAAGCUAUGUGGAGAGAAGGCAGCGCCAAGAGAUUGUUUAGCAUGUGAUCAUUGUGAAGAUAUGUACCACGUCUCAUGUGCACAUCCUGGUGGAAAAGGGAUGCCGACACACAGUUGGUAUUGUCUAAACUGCACAUCUAAGGGAAUCGGAUCACCUCACGAGAAUUGUGUAGUGUGUGAAAAGAUGAAAACCCAAGGGAUGAUGAAGACGGAUAACAGAUGUGUUGAUAUGAGUACAGACUGCAAAGAAGAUUUGGAUGAAUCUGAAGAGACUUCAAGCUGUAACGUGAAUCAUGGGGUUCACCACGUGGAGAUGAACAUAGAUUCUGAACUCUGUAGGACCUGUGGAACAAAAGUGAAGAGUGGCGGAAAGUACAUAACGUGUGAUCACCCUUUUUGCCCACACAAGUAUUACCACAUCAGGUGCUUGACCUCAAGGCAAAUAAAACUACACGGUGUUCGUUGGUAUUGCUCGUCGUGCUUAUGCAGAAAUUGCCUAACUGACAAGGAUGAUGAUAAAAUCGUCUUGUGUGAUGGGUGUGAUGAUGCAUAUCACAUUUAUUGCAUGAAACCUCCAUGUGAAUCGGUUCCAAAUGGAGAAUGGUUUUGCACAACAUGUAAAGCUGCGAUUCUUAAAGUUCGCAAAGCACGAAAGACUUUUGAGAAGAAGAUGGAGACACGGCAGAAACAGAAAGGAAGAAAAACCAGGAAUGUCGGGAGCAAACUGCGAAGUAAAAGCAAUGGCGAAUUGGAUAAAAGCGUAGGAGGAAUGGACAUGCUUCUAAACGCAGCUGACACACUGAAAGAUGAAGAACAGAUGACAUUUCAAUCCAUCAAAUGAAGGAUUGGAUUAGAGAACAGACAAGCAAUACAGUUUCUUGUCCCACAAGAUUUUUUAAUUUGUUCAUCUUCCUAACUAUCAAAACCUUAAUAUUGAUUUUUGUCUACAAGUUGUGCUCUUUUGGAAAUUUACAGAUUUUGCUAACUUUUCAAAUCAAGACAUAAUUCUGUUGAUAACCCUUCUUUGA